UUUAAGCCCAAAAUCUAGCCCUAAAAAUGAGCCAUUUUUAAAACCCUAGAUAGGUUAAAUUGUUUCAUUCGCUACUUCCUAGUUCACCAUCCAGUCCGAUACAGAGCACAGGUUAUCUCUCUUCAGCUGCUACCAUGGUGAACGUACCUAAGACAAAGAAGACUUAUUGCAAGAGCAAGGAGUGCAGGAAGCACACUUUGCACAAGGUUACACAGUAUAAGAAGGGUAAGGAUAGUUUGGCUGCUCAAGGGAAACGUCGUUACGAUCGCAAACAAUCAGGUUAUGGUGGUCAGACCAAACCAGUGUUCCACAAGAAGGCAAAGACCACCAAGAAGAUUGUGCUGAGGCUUCAAUGCCAGGGUUGCAAGCAUGUCUCACAGCAUCCGAUCAAGAGGUGCAAGCACUUUGAGAUUGGUGGAGAUAAGAAGGGGAAGGGAACAUCUCUUUUCUAAAUGUUUCGUUAUGGGUUUUACUUUGGAAUUUUGUUAAGUUUGCUUUUCUUUUAAGGUUAAUUACAUUGGUUGCACUCAUUGUUGGCAGUUGUUUCACUACUUCUGAUGUUGAAAUUGAUUGUUGUCUAUUGAAAA